AUGUCCCUCGAUCCGCCUGCCUACAUUCUCUCCCUGCAGAACAACAUCCGCGCCCGCCCCAUCUCCUGGGAUGGAGCUGUCCGCGCAAAGACCAUUACCGAUGCGGACCUCAAGAAGAUCAAGUCGAUUGACAAGGUUCGAAGGGAGCAGAGGCGGCAGACCAUAGAGUCGGACCCUGAGAGCUUCGUCACACUGUUGUUGGGAGGAAGUGAGAGCAAGAGCAUAUUCGAGGCUGCAGCGAAGCGGCCAGACAUCAUACAGUAUAUGCUGGUCCUGUCUGGCGACCUCAUCGAUGACAUCCAGCCGCUUACAUCCGCCUUGAUCAAGCACGAGAACCCUUACAAGCCCUUCCUCCCACUACUUAAGCAGUCCAGCAACCCCGAAGACCCGAUCCCUCUUCUCACGUCCUCCGUCCUGUCAAGUCUGAUAUCCCACGCUCUAGUUGGACAGACAAAGUCAACUGCGCCGUUAGUAGAGGCCCUACCUAAGCUCUACAGCUACCUCUCGUCUCUAGCCAAGAGCUCGGAUGCCGGUCUGCAGGACAUUGCGGUACAGGAGUACUCUGCAGUUCUGCGGACAUCCAAAGCAAGACAGCUCUUCUGGAAACAACGGAAAGAGACGCUGGACCCACUCAUGGACAUACUCCGUGCGGCAGCUGGUUCCAACAACCGCGACAGUGACUCCACCCUGUAUAGCGGUGGGGCCAGCAUCCGCAGUACAACUGAAGUCGGCAUAGGCGGUAGCGUUGGGCUACAACUCCUCUACCACGUUCUCCUCGUCAUCUGGCAACUCAGCUUCGAAGGCAAACUCGUCGGCGACGGACUCAACGAUGAACACGACAUACUGUCACUCUACACCUCCCUCCUACGCUUAUCUCCAAAGGAGAAAACAACCCGCCUCCUCCUCUCCACGCUCUACAACCUCCUCUCCUCAAACCGGCAAACCCUCCUCCCUGCUGCCGUCCUCGCUCGCCUCCCCUCCCACCUCUCCAACGUCCAAUCCCGCCAUCUCACCGACCCCGAUCUCCUCGAAGACCUCCGCGCUCUCAACGAGAUGUUGAACGAGUACACCAAGACGCAAACCACCUUCGACGAGUACGCCGCCGAGCUGCAAACCGGCCACCUCAGAUGGAGUCCGCCGCACCGCAACCGGGGGUUCUGGCGGGACAACGCGCGGCGGAUCCUCGAGGAGAACAAGGGCGAGCUGCCGCGGAAGCUGGCGGAAAUCCUGGGCAAGAGCUGGGAGAACGACAAGCAGGUGCUGGCGAUUGGGUGUAACGAUGUUGCGUGCCUGGUUAAGGAGGUCCCGGAGAAGAGGCAGAUGUUGGAGAAGAUGGGGCUGAAGACAAGGGUUAUGGAGCUUAUGCAGGAGGCGGAUGAGAGUGUGAGGUGGGAGGCUUUGAGGGCCGUGGGUGAGUGGUUGAGAUAUAAUUUUGAUGCGAAAUGA